AUGUACAUAUCUAUCUAUCUAUCUAUCUAUCUAUCUAUCUAUCUAUCUGCCUAUGAUUUCUUCAUAUCUAUCUAUCUAUUUAUCUAUCUAUCUGUCAACUUAUUUAAUGCUCGUUUCGUUUCAUUCUUUUUUAUAUUCUUUUUUCAUCACUUAUUCCACCUUUCUUUUUUUCUUUUUCGUUCCUUUCUUUUUCUAUUUAUUUCUUCCAUUUUAGUUUUUAUCUCUGUCUUUUUUCUUUUCGUUUUUCUUUUUGUUUCUUUAGUUUUAUUUUUGUUUCUUCCUUUUUCUUUUCUUUUAACCUUUUCGUUCUUUUCUUUUUCUAUUUGUUUCUUCCAUUUCAGUUUUUAUCUGUUUCUUUUCUUUUUAUCUUUGUUUCUUUCAAUGUAUUUAUGUUUCUUUUAUUUUUCUUUUCUUUUAUCUUCUUCCUUUCUUACAUUUGUUUCUUUUUCUAUCAUUCUUUCUUUCUUUAUCCCUUUCUGUCUUUCUUUCUUUUUCAUGCCUUUAUUUCUAUUUCUAUUUCAUUUCUUUAAUCUUCUUAAUCGUCUUUCUUUGCUUUUUCUUUCCCUUCUCUUUUUAAUUUUUCUCAUCUCUCUUUCUUUCUCGCUUUCAUUUAUAUUUUUUGAUUUCUUUUUUAUUUCUCCCUCUCAUAUCAUUUUCUUUCUUUCUUUCUUUCUUUCUUUCUUUCUUUCUUUCUUUCUUUCUUUCUUUCUUUCUUUCUUCUGCUUUUCUAUAAUUUCUCUUGCAUUAUGCCUUAAACCAUUGCAUUUUCCCCUCCAUUCCUAUCAUUAA